AUGAGAAACAGGGAGGUUUUGGCACAGCUGCCACUGGACAUUGAUGGUGGGAAGAUUGCAAGGUGUGUCAUUCCUGCUCUUGACCCCUGUUCCCUGGAGGCCUGCAUCAAGUCCCGUGCCUUGGCCGCAGUCCCCGAUGGACAGCCCACCACAUCUCUGGUGUCCCUGCCAGAAGGAGUAUGGGAAGAAGCAUGCCAGCUGCCAGAGAAGGCGUUCGACUGCAUUCGCACAGGCAGCCCACAAUCCCAAGCUGAAUUUCUGGACCUCUCUCCCGAUCAGGCCCACCAGGAGGAAGCCCUUGGCGACCAGAAGAUACGUGAGGGUGUGUGGCGGAAGCACUUCCAGAUAUUCAGCCAGGACCUGGGUCGCCUUAUGGUGGCCCUCGGCUCUUCGACCAGCCUGGAGGACCAUGACAAGCCGCUGCUGCACCGCAUGCUCGUCUACCUCAUGACCAAUGGUGCGUGGGCCAUAACAUCCUUCCUGUUGAGGAGCUGCAUGGACAAGGGCAUCGUGGUGGCCACAGGCGACAGGGCGCUGUCCCUGGACCACAUAGCGCCUGAACGGCUCAAGGAGUUGGCACAGGAACUCAUUCGAACGCGGCAGCAGGGCGUAGGGGAGGGGGUCUUGUCAGUGGCGGACUUUCACCAUUGA